GGCAGAAGGCAGUCGGGAAGUUGUUGUCCUUGAGGAAUUCAUGUCGGUAAUGGAAAAUGCCAUGGUUCGGGACCGCAGACUAGAAUAACCACAACCCGUCUUAAGCGGAUUUUUAGAAAUAGUUCUUUUCAAAGUUUUUCUGCCGAGUUUUAAAACAGACACGAGGGUCACGGUGAAAUCAAUGAGUUCUGCGGACGACCGACGAAACGUUAGAGCAGGACACAGAAAUGGAGGGGGGACGGUGAAAGGAUUUAUCCACAAAGACCGUUCUCCUCACGCGUCCCUCAAUGAUUCACUGGAUGGAGAAGUUCAGGCUUUCCUCACUGAUGAAGACCAACUCCACACUUAUGACGACCUCACUAAAGUCAACCCUGUGACCCCUACUACAGUGCUGAAAUGCCUGCAGGCCAGGUACAGUGUGAAGGUGUUUUACACCCAUGCUGGCUGCACCUUGGUGGCUCUCAACCCUUUCCAGCCAAUCCCAGGCCUCUACUCUCUGGAUGUGAUGAGGGAGUAUCACUAUGCUCCUCAGCCCCAGGAUUUCAAACCACAUAUCUUUAUUGUGGCAGAAGAAGCCUACAGGAACGUUCAGGGUCAGCUGGAGCCAGUGAACCAGUCCUUGGUGGUCAGUGGUGAGAGCGGUGCAGGAAAGACAUGGACGUCUCGUUGCCUGAUGAAAUACUACGCCACUGUGGCGGCCUCCUCCUCGGUGGUGAAGAGCCAGGACACAGUGGAGAGGAUAGAGAGGAGGGUGCUGGACUCCAACCCCAUCAUGGAAGCGUUUGGAAAUGCCUGCACGCUACGGAACAACAACAGCAGCCGCUUUGGAAAGUACAUCCAGCUCCAGUUAGACAGGUGUCAGCUGUUAGUGGGGGCGUCUGUCCAAACAUAUUUGCUGGAGAAGACCAGGGUGGCCUGCCAACCGGCGAACGAGAGGAACUUCCACAUCUUUUACCAGAUGAUGAAAGGGGCAACAGAUGAGCAGAGGAAGGAGUGGAAGAUGCCACAUGGCCAACAUUUUGUGUGGCUGCCAAAGGCUGAAAAAACAAUUGAGGAGGAUUGUUUUCAUGAGACUCUCGAGGCAAUGGUUCAUCUGGGCAUUAACACAGAAAGGCAGGGACAAAUAUUCAGGAUAUUAGCAGGACUUCUGCAGCUGGGGAAUGUGAAUUUCUCCUCUUCAACAGAUGAAUCACAACCUUGUAACGUAGAUGAACAGUCUAAAGACUUCUUGCAGAGGGCUGCUGAGCUGCUGUGUGUCCCUGCUGCCGAGCUUCAGAUGUGUUUAAGAGUGAGGACCCUGAAGGCAGGGAGGCAGAGUGUGCUCAAGCCCUGUUCCCAGGCAGAGUGCGGCAUGAGGAGAGACUGCCUGGCCAAGGUCAUCUACGCCCAAUUAUUUGAGUGGCUGGUAACAUUCAUCAACAACAGCAUAUGUGCAGACAAAUCCUCAUGGUGCAACUUCAUAGGAGUCCUAGAUGUGUACGGGUUCGAGUGUUUCCAGAUCAAUAACCUGGAGCAGCUGUGCAUCAACUACGCCAACGAGAAACUGCAGCAGCACUUUGUGGCCCAUUAUCUCAAAGCUCAGCAGGAGGAGUAUGUCUCAGAGGGGUUGCACUGGUCCUUUGUCAAAUACCAAGACAACCAAAGCUGUCUGGAUCUUAUAGAGGGGAGCCCAGUCAGUGUGUUCUCUCUUCUUAACGAGGAGAGUCGUCUGAAUCGAGCCUCAGAUGCGAAGACGUUCAGGGUACGUUUGGAGAAGGAGCUCUGUGAUAAUGUCAACAUCAGCUGGGACAAGUUCAGCAAGGUGCCACACUUCACUGUGGCCCAUUACGCUGGCAAAGUCAACUAUCAGAUAGAGGGCAUGGUGGAGAAGAACAAGGACCCAGUGCCACCAGAGCUCAUCAGUCUGCUUCAGAAGUCUGAUAACUCCCUGCUUCACCAGAUAUUCACUGACAAGGAAACUGAGAACCUGACGACCAAGGGGCUCAGUAAAGUCACUGUGGUCUCCAAGUUCAAGAACUCUCUGGAGAGCCUGAUGAGGAUCCUCCACAUCACAACUCCUCAUUACACUCGCUGCAUCAAACCGAACCCAGAGUGCAAGCCGCUGACCUUCAAAAAGGAGGAGGUUAUCAUGCAGCUGCAGGCCUGUGGGAUUGUGGAGACCAUACACAUUAGUGCUGCCGGUUUUCCAAUAAGAAUUCCUUUCAGAAGCUUCAUGCAGCGUUACGGGCUGAUUGCAAAAUAUUCAAGGUUCAAGUCAGAGAGUCAUUGUGUUGUUGACCUGGAGACUGACAGCAAUGAAAUUCUUCGGCCAGAGGUGGAGAAGCUCCUCAGGGUGGUGUUACAAGACCCGGCUUUAGGCCCCUCAUACUGCCUUGACAGUGGAAAACACAAUUCAGUGGUGCACUGCGGAAGGACUAAAGUUUUUCUCACCCAGUCAAUGCUAGAUUUGCUGGAGGAUCAGAGGAAGAAGAUCCUGUCUCAGUGCGCCUUCUCCAUUCAGUGCUGCUGGCUGCGGUAUCAGCGCCGCAGACUCCACGCCCGUCGGAAGUCUGCUACUCUGAUCCAAGCAGUGGUGCGGUCCUGGUUGGUCAGGAGGCAGGUCCAGAGAUGGAACAGAGCGGCUGCAGUCAUCCAGGACACCUGGAGAAAGUGGAGGGCUCUGUUGAAAUCCUUGGCUGAGGCAGAACUUGAUGAUGCAAAGGACCUUGUGGAGGAGGACGUGCCUGCAUUGAACUCUGUUAUCAGGGAGCGGGGCUCGGUGCAGCUCUCCACCAUCCAGGAGCCUGUCACGGUGCGAGGUUGGCCCAUGGGCCUGGCUCUGGCCUCGGCCCCGUCCAUCACCGUGUCUCUGACAGCCACGGGCUUCCAGAAGAUGAUGUCUGUGAUGGCCUCGCUCAACCUGCCCUCCAGGAGAGGGGAGUACAAGGUGGAGACCAACCAGUAUACGCAGGGGCUCGCCUCCAUACGGGCUCAACCCAAGGGAUCUGUAAAGCUGCACUGUCAGCGAUCUCCACUUCUCUAUGCUGACAGGCAACCAGACCUGAAGACCGCCGUGAGCGGGUUCAAUGAGAUCCUUCUCGAGAAAACUUUGUAAGAGUUCUUUCUUUUCAGAACACUAAAGGCUGAUUUCAUGGAUCUGGAUAAAAGAUAAUCUGACACAGUGGGAACAAACCUGCUAUUUCAUGCAGCCAUUUUGCUUGUUUCUGUAUCUAACUUAGAACAGUAACCAUUUUUUUAAGGAUGCCAAACUUCAUCUUACUCAGUGUUACUCAAGGAGGCAAAGGACUUGCAAAACUUGCACCUUUGCAUAAUAAAUAUUUUUAACCUAACUGGGGGUCAGGUAAGCAGUGUGCUACAAGCUUGAUUUUAUUAUCACAAAUCAUCUUUAGUGGCUUUAAGGUGCAAGAAUCAAGUUAAAUUCAAAAUCUCUGUCAGUGGACUGUUGCGAUAAGGCGAGUAAGAUUUCUUCAACCUUUGUGUUUCACAUAUUGAAAAUAAUGAUUGGGGUGUGAGUUGUCAUUUUAAAAAUGAGUCCCUUUCUUCAGAAUGGAAAUUACAUGGCACAGUCACAGCACCUUUAAAAACAGACGACUGCAGGUUUAUAUCUCAUUAUUGCGUCUCUGGAUCAUCUGACUGUCAGUCAUAGCGUUGGGUGUUUGAUAAGUGCCUUUUUUUUAUCUACACUCAAAAAAAAACAAACAGGCUAUAUGUAUUUAUUUAAAGGUGAUUAUUUAUGUGUGAUUUCAUUGAUGUAUUUUCAGGUGUAAAAGCACAGUGGUGAUUCAGCUGCACGCUUGAUUGUAGGUGUUAAUGUCAUGCAUUUAUUUGACUGUGGUUGAUUCUGGGAAAAAUGGUAAUGAAGCAAGUAUUGCACAUGUAAAGCACAUAUUGCACAUUGAAACCACACACCUGCUCACGCACUGCAAGAGACGGACAAAAAAAAAAACAUUAUCAAGCAAACACAUCAC